AUCACUUUUCUCCAGAGAACAUAAAUGACACAGCCAAGGAGACAUGCCUGAAUUGGUUUUUCAAGAUUGCUUCCAUCAGGGAACUCAUCCCAAGAUUUUAUGUGGAAGCAUCCAUCCUGAAGUGUAACAAAUUCCUCUCCAAAACGGGGAUUUCCGAGUGCCUGCCACGCUUGACCUGCAUGAUCAGAGGGGUCGGGGACCCGCUGGUGGCAGUGUAUGCACGGGCCUACCUGUGCCGGGUGGGGAUGGAAGUGGCUCCACACCUCAAAGAAAGCCUAAAUAAGAACUUCUUUGACUUCCUGCUUACAUUCAAACAGAUUCAUGGAGAUACUGUCCAGAACCAGCUGGUGGUCCAGGGCGUGGAGCUCCCAUCCUACCUCCCCUUGUACUCGCCCGCUAUGGACUGGAUCUUCCAGUGCAUCUCCUAUCGUGCCCCUGAGGCUCUGCUGACUGAGAUGAUGGAAAGAUGUAAGAAGCUAGGAAACAAUGCCUUGCUGUUGAACUCUGUGAUGUCAGCAUUCCGCGCCGAGUUCAUCGCUACCAGGUCUAUGGACUUCAUUGGCAUGAUUAAAGAGUGCGACGAGUCUGGUUUCCCCAAGCAUCUCCUUUUUCGCUCACUGGGGUUAAACUUGGCCUUGGCUGAUCCACCUGAGAAUGAUCGGCUUCAGAUUCUCAAUGAAGCUUGGAAAGUCAUCACUAAGUUGAAGAAUCCACAGGACUACGUUAAUUGUGCUGAAGUCUGGGUGGAGUACACCUGCAAGCAUUUCACGAAGCGAGAGGUGAACACUGUUUUGGCUGACGUCAUCAAGCACAUGACCCCCGAUCGUGCAUUUGAGGAUUGCUACCCCCAGCUUCAGUCAAUAAUUAAGAAAGUUAUCACCCACUUCCACGAUUUCUCAGUGCUUUUCUCAGUGGAAAAAUUUCUACCGUUUCUGGACAUGUUUCAGAAAGAGAGUGUGAGAGUGGAGGUUUGCAAGAGCAUCACGGAGGCCUUUGUCAAGCAGCAGCAGGAGCCCACCAAGGACCCAGUCAUCCUGAAUGCCCUUCUGCACAUCUGCAAGACCAUGCACGACUCUGUGAAUGCACUCACUCUUGAGGAUGAGAAAAGAACACUGGCACAUUUGAUUAAUGGAUUUAUAAAAAUGGUUUCCUUUGGCCGUGACUUUGAACAACAGCUAAGUUUUUAUGUGGAAUGCCGGUCGAUGUUUUGCAGUCUGGAGCCUGUUCUCGUGCACUUGAUCCAUAGUGUAAACCGGCUGGCAAUGGAAACAAGAAAAGUAAUGAAGGGCAAUCACUCCAGAAAGACGGCUGCCUUUGUCCGGGCCUGUGUCGCCUACUGCUUCAUCACCAUCCCCUCACUGGUGGGAGUCUUCACGCGGCUCAACCUCUACCUGCAUUCUGGCCAGGUUGCCUUGGCCAACCAGUGCCUCUCCCAAGGUAAGCCUGUGGUUCUCUUAUCCCUGUUAGUCCUGCAGCUGAGAAAAACUGAGCCAGCUGCAUGGGGGAGAGGGUAAGAUUCCCUUAAGGAGCACAGAGGCCACUGUGGUAUGCGCGCCUGUGAUCCCAAGAAGUAAAACUCCUAGUGUUGGCAGAUGAAGAAGCAACAGAGGCUGGAAGAUUACCUCCAGCAAAGGUAGCAAGACCCUGUCUCAAAACACAAGAAAAGCAAAAGGACUGGAGGUGCUGCCCAGUGGUACAGCACCUAUUUACCAUAGUCCAGCA